GGGGGACCUCUGUACCCCUUUCCGCGGACGGUGAACGACUACACACACGCCCUGCUCCGCCACGACCCCCUGGGCAAACCUCUGCUCUGGAGCCCUUUCUUGCAGAGGCCUCUGCAUAAAAGGAAAGGCGGCCAGGUGAGGUUCUCCAACGACCAGACUAUCGAGCUGGAGAAGAAGUUUGAGACCCAGAAAUACCUCUCCCCGCCUGAGAGGAAGCGUCUGGCCAAGAUGUUGCAGCUUAGCGAGAGACAGGUCAAAACCUGGUUUCAGAAUCGACGCGCUAAAUGGCGAAGACUAAAGCAGGAGAACCCUCAAAGCAAUAAAAAAGAGGAACUGGAAAGUUUGGACGAUCCCUGCAAUCAGAGGCAAGACUUGCCCAGUGAACAGAAUAAAGGUGCUUUGGAUAGCUCUCAAUGUUCGCCUUCCCCUGCCUCCCAGGAAGACCUUGAGUCAGAGAUUUCAGAGGAUUCUGAUCAGGAAGUGGACAUUGAGGGCGAUAAAGGCUAUUUUAAUGCUGGAUGAUGAUCACUGACAUCGGCACAUUCAGAAAACUGGACUUGGGAAUAAUAUUUGCAACAGGAAAUCUCUAUAGACAACUGGAAAACUAUAUGGGAAAGGAAGUUAGUUUGCUGGUAUUCUGGAAACCGAAAAUAUUUGGUGCACUGGCUAAAUAACAAACUCACAUUGAAACCUUAAUUUUGACUUAAGAAACAGUUUAUAUAUUGAUUUUAGGUUGUACGAUAAGGGGACUUUUCACUGGUUAAAUUUACCCCCUUUUAAAAAAGUAAUUUUUUUCCUAUUUAUAAAAGGCAAUUUUGAACAUUUUGGUUGAAUUUUUAAGUUAUAACUUUAAAGAUUUUAAUGGGAUCUUCUUGAAUAACUUUUCUAUAAUCUGUAUCUUCAUCCCACUUAAUGGAAAACCAAAGGGUACCCCAAACUCAGAGGUAUGCCUUGGAAAGGGGGCCCGCAUUUCAGGCAGCCUUGGAAUAUUUUAAAAGGAAACAUUCUUUACUUUUAUAUUACAUUCUUACACUGCUGCUUAAAUCCGAAAGCAGCCCAGAGCUCAUCUCCGGGAUGUGCCUGCCUUUUGUUAGAGAGAGAUAGUUGAUAAUCUUAGAUGCUUGUUUUGCACUAUCACUUAGUACCUGUUUGACUAAGGUGUUAAGGAUAGUACUGUCCAAUUCAGGCAGAAAAACUGACUCAUUGGUGACUGAAAUUAAGCACAGGAACUAGAAAUAGCAGGUUAAUUAAAUGUAAGUAGAUUGUAGAUAAUUGUGUUUUACAUCAACCAGUGUUUAUAAUGUGUAUAUGUAUAUAUAUAAUUGUUCACUGUAAAAAACAUGGCCAAAAUAUUUGUGUGUGUGUGUUUUUUAAUGAGUAACCUGCCUAUAAAAUAAAUCUGUUGGUGAGACGAC